AUGCGGCAGAUGGUCAUAAGUGAGGAGUGGGAGGCGGUUGCAGUGGCAAAGCAAGAUGAGGGGAAGGCGGUCCGGUUCCUCCUCUUGGAUGAGGUGUUUUGGGAUUGCGCAACGGCGGUGCUCCACAUCAUGCAGCCCGUAUAUGACGUCCUUCGGGUGGUCGACACGCGGGCUCUAGUCAUGGGGCAAGUGUAUGGCCUCAUGCUAGAGGCCACGGUGAAGACCAAUGAGGCGGCUGAGGCUAGAGCCGCCAUGCUUGUCAAGCGCACGUCCCUGCUGGCGGCAAAGGACAGGGCAUUAUUUCUGGCGGAAAUCAAGGCUGUCAUAGCCAAGAGGUGGGACGGCCAGCUGCAUAACCCACUGCACGCUCUCGGGUGGCUACUCAACCCCCGCAAUCAGUACGUGGGGAAAGUGAGGAACGACAAGAAGGUGAGGAGUGGGGCGGAAGCGGUCAUCCAAGCAUGUGGGGGGGAUGUCGCCCUGCGCACCCUGCUCCAAGCACAGUUGGCCCAGUUCCACAAGGGCGAGGGGCGGUUGGGGUCCCCCGACGCACGAUGGGCUGCAAUGGUAUUGGUGGAGGGGGGCCGCUUGACGGAUGCGGAAUGGUGGUGGAUGUGUGACCGUAACCACAUCUCCGCCAAGAAAUUGACCGGCGUUACGUAUGCCGCGUUCACCAGGAGGGCCCGGGAUACUUUUGACAGGAAAUCCACAGUGAGGGAGAAGCUUUACGUCGAUCUGAGCAACGGCACCCUCAAGGAAAGAUGUGUCGUCGCUCCGGCAGAAGCAGAGGUGGAGGAAGUGGGGGCGGAGGAGGAGGGAGAGGUGAAUGUGGGAUGUACUAGUGACUAG